GUCAGGGUCGUCUUACGUCUCUGUGACGUAAGACGUAUAUUUCACGCACGUUCGAAUAUUGUUGGCGCGCUUUUCCUGCGCUUGACAACAAGAGCUCGCUGACCAACGGCUAUUUAACAAUAUUAAGACGUUGUCCUUAUGUCGCCUCAGUAGCCGGGUCGGUGGCUACCUAUAAUGUGUUUGUUUUUGUUGUCCUGAUACAUAGCAGACGGAAUGUCUUCGAUUAAACCGUUUUCUAAAUUGCCGCAGCUGAACACUGCAAACGUACUGCUGGUGGAGAACGAAGGAAAGCUUCAGAAUGACUUGGCAGAUGCUAUUGUUCGGCAAGAAAGCAACAUCAACGUUACAGUGAGGCUGGCUCGAGGGCUGCCCCUACCGGCUGAGAACGAGGAGAAUAGACCCCGAAUCGACUUGGUUGUUUUCAUAGUGCACCUCUUCUCUGAACACAGCCUUGUUUCAACGGAGAACUCUCUGAAGCAGUUAGACACUGGUUACUUUCUGGGCAAAGUCUGUUUCCUAGUGACUGGUGCGCGUUGUGGAUUAGUCCCUGAUGAGCGACUGGUCUCCCUCAGGAAGCUGGCUGCUUCUCUGCACUGCCCCCUGCUGUUUGCUGAGCAUCAGACGAGAGAAGGAGUGAGCACUGCUGCUCAGAGAGUGCUGAAAAUACUGAGGGUGUCAGCAGGCUUGGUUCCCAUGGUGACCGGCUUGUACCUCUCCAGUGUCAGCCGUUGCACUGUGCCCUUGGACUCAGAUGGCAGCGUUCAGGACUGAGCCGGAGAUUGACAGAGAUGGUGGUCGUCUGGAUCUCCGUGGCAGUUGGUUGACCAGCCAUGCUGAAAUAUUGCUCUGAGUUUUUCAGUUUUCCUGUCCACUGGUCUCAGUAAACUUUUGACCUGCAUUUAUUGACUGCAUGAUGACCUGAAUACCAGUUAAGGCUGCCUGCCAUUUGGUUAUAUACAGUGCCCUCCAUAAUUAUUGGCAACCCUUGUAAAGGUUUGUAAAAAGGAUUUGAAAUAAUCCACCCUUCGGUGAUGUAGCUUGAUUUCACGCUGGGAAUAAUGAGGAAAAUCCAACCUUCCAUUGGUAUAAAUUUAUUCAAAGAAAAACAAAUCCUUCACCAAAAAAUAAUAAUUUUUAACCAGAACACCUGCCACAAUUAUUGGCACCCUAGCAAAAUAUAUUGAACACAAUAUAACUGAAGUGUUUCCCAUGUUAAUUGUAUUCUUUGAGUUGACUGGGGUUUGUGGGGAUCUUCAAGUUAUAAUCCAUGACUUCCUGAUUAAUUGGGAUACAUAUAUGAGGUAAGGAGGAGGCCAAAUUCCCUUGGUCAUCCAUGAAAAUUGGAAAGGUAAGAGAACACACAAGCCAAAGGAGGGAGGAGUGUGUUGACCUUCAUCAGUCAGGGAAUUGGUAAAAAAAAUAAAAAAUAGCUACUUGCCUGAAAUGCCCAUUUCUACUGUUAUAAUAAAAUGUGAGCAUCAACUGGAACUGUUACAAACCUACCUGGAAGAGGACCCAUGUUUACUUUGCCCCCAAAUCCACGAAGUUCAUUGUUGGUGAAUUAGAAGAAAAAGUAAAAUCUUGGGGUUGCCACGUCUCCAAAACCACCAUCCGACACCACUUUCGCGCUAACAGAUUAUUUGGGAGGCAUGCCAGAAAGAAGUCUUUUCUUUCAGUUAACCACAAACUUAAGCACCUGGAGUUUGCGAGAUGCUACUACAACUUUGAAAGGAACCAUGUUCUAUGGUGUGAUGAAACAAAAAUGUAGCAUUUUGGCAAUAAACAUUCAAGGUGGGUUUUGUGUAAAAAGAUGGUUGGCUAUAAUGAAAAUAACCUUAUCCCAAUUGUAAACUAUGGUGGAGGUUCUGUGAUGAUGUUGCCUGUUUUUCCUCUAAAGGCCCUGGAAACCUUGUGAGGGUAUAUGUUGUUAUGGAUUCCAUGAAAUACAUGGACGUUUUAUUUCAAAAUUUUACUGCCUCUGCCGGGAAACUAAAACGGGACCAUCAUUGGAUCUUCCAGAAGGACGGUGAUCCUAAACACAUGCCUAAAUAACAUAGAAAAGGUUAGCUGACCACAGAAUCAAGCUUCUGUCAUGGCCAUCUCAGACCCCUGACCUGAAAAAAAAUAGAGUUGAAAAGGAGAGUGGAGGAGAGGACCUAGGACCCUGGGUUACCUGGAGAGUUUCUGUGAAGUGGAAUGGUCUCAGGUGCUUUGCUCUCCACACUAAUAAAAUGUUAUACGACUCUGAGUGCUGGUAUACUGGCAAAGGGAGGCAAAGUAUUAAAUGCUGGGGUGCCAAUAAUUGUGGCACGUGUGUUUAUUUAUUGAAAAAUAUUUCUUGAUGAAGGAUUUGUUUUUCUUUGAUGAAAAUUUGAUGUUUUUCUUUCUCUCUUUUUACACAUCUUUACAAAGGGUGCCGAUAACGGCGGAGGACACAGUAUUACUCUUAUAUACUGUACAUGUAAAUAACAGGCAUGUCAGAUUCAGCCCCUGACUAAAAUUACUCCCAUUUCUUUUCAAUGUGUUCACGUCUGUGGUCUAGAUAGAAGUUGGUUAUUUUUGCGGUUUGUACCUGCUCCCUGCUUGAGCUGUAAAUAUUUUAUUUUGUUUGAAUUUUAAAUUGUGGUUUCAAAUAAAUUUUCCAUCAUCCCUUUUAAAAGCCACAUCUAAAAAAGGCAAAUGUUAUUUUCAUUGUGUCAACACCAGGUGGUGCAGUCAGUCACCUUUUUAUUUCAAAUGAAUUUUUUUAUUUGUUAUACGAAGUUUUUCUUUUCCCUCUUUAUCUGUACCACUUUUUGUUGUAUUGUCGGUUGUAGUUUAUGCUUCGGUCUCCUUUACAGGAGUGCAAUAGCAGUUUAACCCAAAGGGCGACCACCUCCAUACUUGUUGGGCUUGUAAAAACCACCUUCCUCGUUUCUAUAACCCAUUUUUCCUGUUACUCUCUGGACAGAGAAUUUGGAAAAUAUUGGUUAUGGCAAAUUCUCCCGAGCGAAAUGAGUGGCAGAGUGGCUCCUGCCGCCUCCCAAUCUCUGACCUUGCUGAAGUAACCUUCACAUUGCCCUUGGAUCUUACCGGGGUCUAUCCUGUUGCCAAAUCUGGUUCCAAAGUGCACACGGCCGUUUACUGAGGGAAGCUGCAUGCGCGGUGACACGUACUUGCAGAACAGUUACUGUGCCUGGUUUAUGUAAAGCAACUUUAUAAAUGUAUGUGAAUAAACUGAAUAUUUGUGUGAUUAAA